AUGUAUGAUGGAGCAAAGACCCAAGUGAGGACGGUGGGUGGGGACUCAGACCAUUUUUCGGUUAUGAUGGGGUUGCAUCAGGAGUUGGCACUUAGCCCUUUUUUGUUUUCUCUGGCGAUGGACGAUAAAUGCAUUCAUUAUAUAUCUAACAUCGGUUUGCAGGCUGAACUUAAUAAACCAGUUUCUGCUGAUGAUUCUACUGAAAUUGGAGGUCCAAAUGAUGGAAGUAAGUCCAGUAAAAAGAUAAAUCCUGGUGGUGAGCAACAUCAUUCCCUUCUUCUGCAGCUUCUUGCUGCUCAGGCUGGAUGUGAACCAAGUGACAUAUGUGACUUUGAGUUGCAAGCAUGCGAUACUCAGCCAAGUGUUAUUGCUGGUGCCAUGAAGGAAUUUGUUUUUUCUGGAAGACUGGAUAAUUUAUGCAGUUCAUUCUGCUCUCUAAAGGCACUGAUAGAUGCUACUUCUCAAAAUAGUCUUGAGGACGAGGUUGGUGUAAGAAUGGUGGCUCUGUUUGAUCAUGAAGAGGUUGGGUCUGCUUCAGCACAAGGAGCUGGAUCCCCGGUCAUGUUUGAUGCUCUCUCACGAAUUACAAAUACAUUUAGUCCAGAUUCAAAGUUAAUACCGAAAGCGAUCCAGAGGAGUUUCCUGGUCUCUGCUGAUAUGGCACAUGCCUUGCAUCCUAAUUAUCCGGACAAGCACGAAGAGAAUCAUCAACCCAAAUUUCACGGUGGGCUUGUUAUAAAACACAAUGCUAAUCAACGUUAUGCCACCAAUGCAGUCACUUCCUUCAUCUUCAGAGAAAUAGCUGCUAAGCACAACAUUCCUAUUCAGGAUUUUGUGAUUCGCAAUGACAUGCCAUGUGGCUCAACAAUUGGACCUAUAUUGGCAAGCGGGAUAGGUAUUCGAACUGUUGAUGUAGGAGCACCGCAGUGGUCAAUGCAUAGCAUAAGAGAAAUGUGUGCAGUGGAUGAUGUGAAGCAUUCGUACCAGCACUUUAAGGCCUUCUUCCAAGAUUUCUCACUUCUUGAUGGAAAGAUUGCUGUGGACCUCUAGCCCAAAUAUAAUUUGGUAAUCAAACUUGUUACAUCAUAAUAUCCCACACUGUGGGGUCUGGAAUAAUCAAACUUGUUCUCUAAGUCUUAUUUCUUGACAAUGGACAAUGAAGUUAUGCUUGUUUUCAGCGAAUGUUACAACUGAAUUUGUUUCUAAAAA